AUUAAAACAAAGGUGAGGCGAGACAUAUGCCGGUCAACCUGCGCGUCCAUCGCGGUGUUUUCCGCACACAGAGAACGGUGACUGGAAAAAAAUCUGGCACCCGGAGCAAAUAGGAUCAUCAUGGCAGACAACGUGCAUAGUGGGGAAUCCGAAAUAAAGCCUCGCAGCUAUCAGCUGCGUCUCGUGGAUCAUAUUAUGAAGAACAAUGGGAUAAUCUACUUGCCGACCGGAUCUGGCAAGACAUACGUGGCCAUCCUGGCCCUGAAGCGAUUCUCCAAAGACAUGGACAAAUCAAUCGAGGAGGGCGGAAAACGAGCUAUAUUUAUGUGCAAUACAGUCGAGCUAGCUCGCCAGCAGGCAAUGGCCGUGAGGAAGUUCUCAAAUCUCAAAGUGGGGUUCUUAUUGGGGGAGCAGGGCGUCGACGACUGGUCGAAGAUAAAAUGGAGCCACGAAAUAAGCGAUAGCCAAGUUCUGGUGGGCACAGCCCAAGUAAUGUUGAAUAUGGUCACCCAGAAGUACUUGGAGCUGAGCUCUGUGAGCAUCGUGAUUACAGACGAGUGCCACCAUGGCACUGGCCACCAUCCCUACCAUAAGUUCAUGCAUCUGUUUUUACUCGCUGACCGAAACACGCCACUGCCGCGCGUUUUGGGACUGACGGGUGUACUCAUUAAAGGCAACGAAUUUAAGCUGGUCGCUCAAAAGCUCAGAGAGCUGGAGACGACCUUCAGAAGCAAUAUCAUCACCGUGUCCGACACGGAGGAAUUGAAAAACGUGAUGCUCUACUCCACCAAACCAAGGGAGUGUUUAAGGACUUAUCCAGACCAAGUGGGGAGCCUUGUGAUCGGGCACGCCAUACAUAGAUGCAUUGAGCACUUCAACGUACGCCUAGACGAUUUGGAGAUUGGCAAACAGCCUACGCGCUAUUCCAAGGGACUGUCGACCCCCCGCGAUCCGCAGAAGAAAGGAUAUAUAAAGACUCUGCUCAACGACUUCCAGUACCAGCUGGAGCACUAUGGCGUAUAUGCGGCAGCCAUGGCCAUAGUAUCGGUGAUUCUAGAGUUUGAAAUCAAGCUGCAUCAGUCGGAAACCCUUGCCCUGACCCACAUAUAUAAGUUGGCCAUCUGUCUGUGUAACCGGAUCAAUCACAUGCUUAAGAAAAAGCUUCGCGAUUUGGUCGACGAUGAUACGGAGCCCGAUGACGCAGUCCACACGGAGGAAACCAUCAUGAACUUUUCGACUCCCAAGGUGCAGAGAUUUUUGCAUUACGUGCAGAAAACGUUCUCGGGCAAGGAUGCCAAGGAUAUUUGCUGCUUGGUCUUCGUUGAGCGCCGGUAUACGAGCAAAUGCAUAUACCAAUUGUUGAAGAAGUUCAUUGCGGUUAUUCCGGCGCUGCGCGAUGUUCUCGUGCCGCAGUUUAUGGUGGGCCGCAACUCAGUUUCAGCGGAUUGUGAGAGCGUCCUGGAGCGCAAGUGGCAAAAGUCGGCCAUUCAUCAAUUUAGGGAUGGCGAAGCCAACCUGAUGAUCUGUUCGAGCGUUCUAGAGGAAGGCAUCGAUGUAAAGGCCUGCAAUUACGUGUUGAUCCUGGAUCCUUUAAAGACAUUUAACAUGUACGUGCAGACGAAGGGGCGGGCUCGAUCCAAGGAGGCCCAGUUUGUGCUUUUUUCCUCAGAGCUUGACCGCAUAAAAACCAACCAACAAAUCAAUCAAUAUCGCCAAGCCCAUACCGACAUCGGAGAGUAUUUAAAGGAUCGCGUCCUGGAUCGGGCCGAACCCCUGAUGCAAGAGAUAGCCGAUCACUUCCACGAAUUGAUCCCACCAUUUAUAAACGAAAAAGGUGCCGUGCUGCUGCCUAGCAGUGCCCUGAUGCUGCUCCACCGCUACUGCCAGAGCCUGCCCUCGGAUGCAUUCGGCUUUGUGGAGCCCUGGAUCACACUAAUCAGUUGGGACCAGAAGCGGAAACUCUGUGGCACACAGGCCGCAAGCAAAGAAGUCGUCUCUAUCGAACUUCCACUCAGCUCGUCCGUGCGGGAUAAAAUUUAUAGCGAUCCCAUGACUUCAGUUCAGGCGGCAAAAAUAUCGGCAGCCUUUAAGACCUGCAUUAAACUGUACUCCACGGGGGAGCUCAACGAGCGUUUCCUACCCGUCACGCUUAAGGACCGGGUGACGGCGAUAACCGACUUUCACUUUGACCACUGGAAGAAAUACAGCGACGAUGUUAUCGAUACGGUAAACAAGCAGAAACUCAAGCCGGAGACACAAACUACCUUCAAGACCUCUUGUCAGACGGAUUCCAUGGAAUGCUGUUCCGCGAUCUGUUGAAGAUCUGGCAUCCCUGCUUUGUACUGGAUCGUCGAGGCAAGGACAACUCCUACCUGAUCGUGCCUCUAGCCGUGGGCGCAGAGCAUCAGAAUGUG